UAUACGAUAUAUGAUAUGAAUAAUAUACAUUUGAAAAUACAAUAAAAUAGUAAUUAUUGUCAUUGCACUGGAGGUGCAACGACACUUGGGGGGGGGGCAAAGACCUCAGAGCUUUUAAUGCUAUCGUCAUAUCAUGAUACUGCAAGUUGAUGACACAAAGGCGUCCUCCAUAGCGGCGAGUAAACUGUGUUCUUACAAGUAACAUCAUCACUGGAGGAUUAGAGGACAAGAAAUAGCUAAACGUGCUAUGCUAUACAUCGUAGGAGGAUACCAAAAAGCAUUAGCUCGCCGCUAAGCUAAAGCUCUUGAAUAUAAACAGUGUUGGGCAUCGAUACAAAUAUAUACUGUAAAUAUACGGUUGAUACUACAAUGAUUAGAUUGUUACUUUUUUAUCACAAAAUUGUUUUUUGUAAUUUUUGUUAUUGUUUACAAACUCAGAAAAUCAGAGCCAAUAGUGGUUUUGCUUUCAUUUAUUUAUUUUUUGCAGUAUUUUGACGUUACUAUAAAUGUUGUAUGUUAUAAAAGGCAAGAAGGAAAUAAUUUAAAUAUAGAUUGUUAUUGCAGUUAUGAUCAAAAUUGUAAUCAUUUAAUGAUCCUAAAAAAAAUUAAAUAUCAGCAUUGGCAUGACCGAUACUGCCCCUGUAAUUGCUUGGUAUUGGAUUGACACCCAAAUUUGAAGUAUCACCCAAAAUGUAUAUUAGUAUUUAAACAGAAGAAUAUGUGCUUAUUACAUUUUAACAAAAAUGUAGAUAGAAACAUAUUACAACAUAAAUAAUCCAAUAUUAACAGUAAGUAGGGGAUCCCGAGGCGUUCCCAGGCGGGAGACAGUCUUCCCAACGUGUCCUGGGUCUUCCCCUUGGCCUCCUGCCGGUCGAACACGCCCCAAACACCUCCCUAGGGAGGCGUUCGGGUGGCAUCCUGAGCAGAUGCCCGGAACCACCUCAUCUGGCUCCUCUCGAUGUGGAGGAGCAGCGGCUUUACUCUGAGCUCCUUCCGGAUGACAGAGCUUCUCACCUUAUCUAUAAGGUGAGAUACACACACACACACACAUCUGGGUUUAACCACGUUAAACCCAGAUUCCGAUCUAACAAAGGUCUUAACUCAGGACUCCUAGGUACUUGAACUCCUCCACUUGGGGCAAGAUCUCCUCCCCAACUUGGAUAUGGCACUCCACCCUUUCCCGGGCGAGAACCAUGGACUCGGACUUAGAGGUGCUGAUUCUCAUCCCAGUCGCUUCACACUCGGCUGCGAACCGAUCCAGUGAGAGCUGAAGAUCCUGGCCAGUUGAAGCCAUCAGGACCACAUCAUCUGCAAAAAGCAGAGACCUGAUCCUGCAGCCACCAAACCGGAUCCCCUCAACGCCCUGACUACGCCUAGAAAUGUGUCCAUAAAAGUUAUGAACAGAAUCGGUGACAAAGGGUAGCCUUGGCUGAGUCCAACCCUCACUGGAAACAGGUCCGACUUACUGCCGGCAAUGCGGACCAAGCUCUGACACUGAUUAUACAGGGAGCGGACUGCCACAAUUAGACAGUCCGAUACUCCAUACUCUCUGAGCACUCCCCACAGAACUUCCCAGGGGAUGCCUUCUCCAAGUCCACAAAGCACAUGGAGACUGGUUGGGCAAACUCCCAUGCACCCUUAAGGACCCUGCAGAGAGUAUAGAGCUGGUCUACCGUUCCACGACCAGGACGAAAACCACACUGUUCCUCGUGGAUCCGAGGUUCAACUAUCCGACUUAGCCUCCUCUCCAGUACACCUGAAUAGACCUUACCGGGAAGGCUGAGGAGUGUGAUCCCACGAUAGUUGGAACACACCCUCCGGUUCCCCGUCUUAAAGAGAGGAACCACCACCCCGGUCUGCCAAUCCAGAGGUACCGCCCCCGAUGUCCACGCGAUUUUGCAAAGUCUUGUCAACCAAGACAGCCCCACAGCAUCCAGAGCCUUAAGGAACUCCGGGCGGUUCUCAUCCACCCCCGGGGCCUUGCCACGAGGAGCUUUUUUGCUACCUCAGCAACCUCAGCCCCAGAAAUAGGAGAGCCCACUACAGAUUCCCCAGGCACUGCUUUCUCAUAAUAAGAUGUGUUGGUGGGAUUGAGGAGGUCUUCGAAGUAUUCCCUCCACCAAUCCACAACAGCCGCAGUAGAGGUCAGCAGCACACCAUCCUCACCAUACACGGUAAUGACAGUGCACUGCUUCCCCCCCCUGAGGCGGCGGAUGGUGGACCAGAACUGUUUCAAAGCCGUCCGGAAGUCGUUUUGCAUGGCUUCCCCAAACUCCUCCCAUGUCCGAGUUUUUGCCUCCGCGACCGCUGAAGCCGCACUUCCCUUGGCCUGUCGGUACCUGUCCGCUGCCUCUGGAGUCCCAUGAGCCAAAAGGACCUGAUAGGACUCUUUCUUCAGCUUGACGGAAUCCCUCACUGCUGGUGUCCACCAGCGGGUUCUAGGAUUAACGCCACGACAGGCACCAACCGCCUUGCAACCACAGCUCCAAUCAGCCGCCUCGACAAUAGAGGCACGGAACAUGGUCCACUCGGACUCAAUAUCCAGUCCCUCCCUCGUGACAUGUUCAAAAUUCUUCCGGGGGUGGGAAUUGAAACUCUGUUAGACGUUCCCAGCAGACCCUCACAAUGCGUUUGGACCUGCCAGGUUUGUCCGGCAUCCUCCCCCACCAUUGGAGCUAGCUCACCACCAGGUGGUGAUCGGCAGAAAGCUCUUCCCCUCUCUUCACCCCAGUAUCCAAAACAUGAGGCCGCAAAUCAGAUGACACAACUACAAAGUCAAUCAUGGAACUUCGGCUGAGGGUGUCCUGGUGCCAAGUGCACAUAUGGACACCCUUAUGUUUGAACAUUGUGUUUGUUAUGGACAAUCCGUGACGAGCACAAAAGUCCAAUAACAAAACACCACUUGGGUUUCAGAUUCGGGCGGCCAUUCUUCCCAAUCACGCCUCUCCAGGUUUCACUGUCGUUGCCAACAUGAGCUUUGAAGUCCCCCAGCAGAACAAGGGAAUCGCCCGAGGGAGCACUCUCCAGUACUCCCUCAAGGGAAUCCAAAAAGAGUGGGUACUCUGAGCUGCUGUUUGGUGCGUAAGCACAAACAACAGUCAGGACCCGUUCCCCCACCCGAAGGUGGAGGGAAGCUACCCUCUCGUCUACUGGGUUAAAGUCCAACGUGCAGGCUUUGAGCCGGGAGGCAACAAGAAUUGCAACCCCAGCCCGUUGCCUCUCAUUGCCUGCAACGCCAGAGUGGAAAAGCGUCCAGCCCCUCUCGAGAGAACUGGUUCCAGAGCCUUUGCUGUGCAUCGAAGUGAGUCCGACUAUAUCUAGCCGGAACUUCUCCACCUCGCGCACCAGCUCAGGCUCCUUCCCUCACAGCGAGGUGACGUUCCACGUCCCAAGAGCUAGCUUAUGUAGCCGAGGAUCGGACCGCCAAGUGCCCUGCCUUCGGCUUCCGCCCAGCUCACACUGCACCCGACCUUUAUGACCCCUCCCAUGAGUGGUGAGCCCAUUGGAGGGGGGACCCACGUUGCCUCUUUGGGCUGAGCCCGGCCGGGCCACAUGGGGACAGGCCUGGCCACCAGGCGCUCGCCAUCGUGCCCCACCUCCGGGCCUGGCUCCAGAGGGGAGCCCCGGUGACCCGCGUCCGGGCGAGGGAAAUCUAGGUCCUUGAGUUGUACUUUUCAUAAAGGUCUUUGAGCUGCUCUUUGUCUGAUCCCUCACCUAGGACCUGUUUGUCUUGGGAGACCCUACCAGGGGGCAUAGAAGCCCCCGGACCACAUAGCUCCUAGGAUCAUUGGGGCACGCAAAUUCCUCUACCACGAUAAGGUGGCAGCUCAGAAAGGAGGUGCAGGUUAACCAUAUUAGUUAAUUUGUUUAGCAGUAAGAUUUUAUUUGUGAAAUGAACACAGCUGUAUUUUGACAGACGCACGAGUAAAACUUUCAAAAUAAAGAGUGUCUGCAUAAAUAUGUCGAAACAUGGAGAAUUCUUAACAGGUAUUUUAGUCCUGACGUUCCAAAUGUAUCCACAUAAAUACACUUCUACAACAUCUGUGUGAAAUAGAAGUUUAUAUGGAAGGGAAAAGAGGCAUGUAGUCACAUUUCUGUUCUUUUUCUUUUCAGGACGGUUCUUCACUCAAGCAGCCGCUUUGCUCCGGCCGGCAGGAAGUGUCUGAUGAGUACUUUUACAGCCAGCUGAUGGCGUCCACUUUCAACUGAAAAUAGUCCAACAGCUGCCUGCGAUGGAGCUGAAGGAGUGACGGGCUUAAUGCUACAGGAUACGAUUAUAAAACUUUUUUUUUUCAAAGUUCUCUUGAUCAAACAUUUCUUUUGAUCGAGUGGAACCAUGGGGGCCACAGGCUACGGCUACUACCGGGGGACAAUCUUCUGUUGCAUGUUCAUUGGCUACAUGCUCUAUUUCUUCAACAGGAAGACAUUCUCCUUUGUCAUGCCCGCUGUGAUGGAUGAAAUUAGCCUGGACAAAGAUGACUUGGGUCUGAUCACCAGCAGUCAGACCAUGGCAUACGCCAUCAGUAAAUUCAUCAGCGGUGUGUUGUCGGACCAGAUUAGUGCCCGCUGGCUUUUCUCCAUUGGCCUCUUUGUGGUGGGAGGCAUCAACGUGGUUUUCUCCUGGUCUUCUACUGUGAAUAUGUUCGCUGUGCUGUGGUUCGUUAACGGGCUGGGACAAGGCUGCGGCUGGCCGCCAUGUGGGAAGGUCCUACGUAAGUGGUUCGAGCCGUCCCAGUUUGGAACAUGGUGGUCUGUGCUGUCCUGCAGCAUGAACAUGGCGGGAAGUCUAGGUCCGAUAUUGGUCACCGUACUCCUCCACUACUAUGACUGGAGGACCAUCCUAACAAUGUCAGGCAUCUUCUGUGCUGCCUUCUCGCUUGUGACCCUGUUGUUGGUGAAGAAUGAACCAAAGGAUGUGGGCCUUCCCAGUCUUGUGGUAGCGGCCAAGAAGGGAGCAAAGCGAGGCAUCAGUGAAAGCACCCUGAGUGAGUUCCUUCUCUCGCCGUUUCUUUGGGUGCUGUCUCUGGGCUACCUGGUGGUGUUUGGGGUGAAGACAGCUGCAACUGACUGGGGGCAGCUGUUCCUCAUGCAGGAGAAAGGCCAGACUGCUCUAAUGGGCAGUACGUACAUGAGUGCCUUGGAGGUGGGAGGAUUCCUUGGCAGCCUUGCUUCAGGCUUUAUCUCUGACAGAGCUGUUGCGCGCUGUGGCCUGGGCACACAUGGCAACCCCCGCCAUGGCUUGCUGAUUGUAAUGAUGGCUGGUAUGUACAUCUCAAUGUACCUCUUCAGGGUCACCAUCACGCCUGAAAUCCCAAAGGAGGCUCCUCUUUGGGUCCAAGUCCUCCAUCCUGUGUCUGUGCUCCUCGGUGUCUCUGAAAGAGAGAUCUGGAUUCUCUUUCUCGGUGCCAUGUUUGGAUUUUCCUCCUACGGACCAAUCGCUCUGUUCGGUGUGAUUGCAAGCGAAUGUGCGCCCCCCAACUUUUGCGGAACCUCCCACGCUAUCGUAGCUCUGAUGGCUAACGUGGGGGCUUUUGUUGCCGGCCUUCCCUUUAGCACUGUAGCCAAACAACACAGCUGGGACAUGGCGUUCUGGGUCGCCGAGGUCUUAAUGGCUGUCACAACCGUUUUGUUCUUCCUGGUUCGCAACAUGCGCACCAAGAUGGGAAGAAGAGAGAAGAUGGAAUAAAGUACACUGUUAAUGUUGUUACUCACGGUAACGGUGCUGCGUACAUCAUAAUGCACAUAAACGCCACAUCAAAUCUCCUAGUGCACAUUGAACUCAGGGUUAAUUUAUUUAGUUGCUUAGAAUGUGAAAACUAAGAAUUUGACCGCCUGCUGAUUUUGUAAGUUUACCCCCCCAUACAAAAAUAUUUAUUUACAAACGUACAUACAGAAAGCAAUACAAAAUACAUAUAAUUGAUAAAUACAAUGGCUAAAUGAACAUUUAACAUGGAAGAUGUUACUUUCUUUAUUGAAUUUAUUAGUGUUUGUCACCUUCUUUAUCAAAAUGCUGACAUGGUGGCUUGUUUUGUAGUACUGAGACCGAAUCACCGAUGCGUGGGAUUCUUUGUUUAGGCACAUGAUUCCGCAGAAUGAUAGGCAGUAAUAUAUGUAGGUUCAUUUUUGUCCUUAAAAUACAAUGUAUAAAAAUUCAGUGCAGACAAAAAUGUUGCUUCAAAACGCAAGACCCACUUUUAUGGAGGUUAAUGUAUGUAUUUAUUACCAAAGCUUCUUUUUUACACUGAAUUUAUGUAACUGAAUUUUUUCGCGUUUUAAUUUUGAGAACUGAAUAUUAAAACACUGCAUUUUAACAAACUGAAUGUUUAAACACAUGCAUUUGCUUACACAUUUGUAUUCUGUAAAAUUGUCAGCAUAAUUUCAUGUUAAUUUAUGGAGGUACAUUUGUGUCUUUAUUACAAAAGCUUUUUUUGACACUGAUUUUAUAAAACACAAUUUUUUGCAUAUGAAUUUUGUGAACGGAUUUUUAUUUGUAUUUUUUUUUUACAUCAAAUGAUGCUGACAAUUUCACUCAAUAAAAAUUUGAGAGAAAAAUUGUGUUUGAAUAUUCAGUUUGUUAAAAUUCUGUGGAAAAAAAUUUGGUGCAGAAAUAUUUAUCGCUUCAAAACUCACUUCCGGCAAAUGAAGACUGAAGCAAUCGAGCUUGCCUUAGAACCAGCCAAUAAGGUGUCACGUUUGAAGUCACAUGACACAGGUCGAAUAUUUCUGAGCUGAAAUUUUACACACUGAAUUUUAAAACACAAAUUUUGCUUACAAAUUAUAAUCAAUAGAAUUGUCACAUACCUGCCAACUUUUGAAAUCAGAAAAACCUAGUAGCCAGGGUCCAGGGGCCGCAGGCCCCGGUAGGUCCAGGACAAAGUCCUGGUGGGGGGUUCAGGGGGGCUUCUCCCCCCGACGCAAAAUGAUUAUUAGCAUUCAGACAGGUUAAAAUGUUGCUAAAACCAUCACUUUUCUAUCAGUCACAGUGACUUUUCAAAACAAAAAUAUUACAGCAAAAAUCAUAUGGGUUGAUUGACAUGUUUAUUCUGUAAACUAACUUCAAUAGUUUGAAAUUAUUUUGACAGUUAAUGCCAGUUAUCCUGUCAACCUUUCACAAGACUUCAAUUUGUUAAUUUAAAGUAUAAACAGUAUAAACACUUUUUACAGUAAACAAAUGGUAAAACAGUACUAAACAAUUCCAUUAAAAAAAAAAUUGGUGUCAUUAUUAACUUUCUGUCCAAGCUUGUAUAAUCUACUGCCUUGUUCAAUUGUAAAAAAUAUUCUGUGCCUAAAAUUCACAUUUCUAUCACAAUUAUCAUACUGUAAACAUGGUAAGCUAACUUCAUUAAAAUUAAUAGUCCUGUCAAUAGCAUGGAAUUACAAUUCAAAUGUAGUUUUUUUGUAAGCCUUUCAAAAGAAUUCAAAAUAUGAAAAAUUAAUGAAAAUUAAUUUAAGCCAUCAGACACUUGAAAAGUGGCACAUCACAUCUCUAAUGUAAUCAUUUUAACUUUUCAACAGAAAUAGCACUGCAAAAAUAUUAAGGACAUACUUCUGUAUUUUGGUAGUUAUGCUGUCAACAUUUAACAAGAUUUCUUCAACUUGGACUUGAAAGCAUAAAUAGUAUAAACACUUUUAACAGUAUAACAGUACUAAACAAUUCCAAUAGAUAACAUUAGUGUCAUUACCUUUUUGUGGCUAAAAUCCGAAAAACGUUGAAAGUUUUCCACUUGUAUCGCUAGCAACGGCAUUAGACUUGUGUUCUUUUGUCCCAAGGUGGUCUUUUACAUCGCUAAUUCCUCCGUGUCCGAUCGAAAAAUCUUGUCUGCACAAGGUGCAAUUCGCGUAGUUUUCACCCUUUUUGGAACGGAUAAUUAUUCCCGGAUAGGCUUUUGAAUAUUCUUCACGGAAUGACUGCAGUUUUCUUUUCGGUUUAAGACUCGUUUGCAAAUUUUCUCCGGCUGAUUCCAUGAUCGUUCGCUCGUUUGGAAACAAUGCCUCGUGCUUGGCAGCGGUGCUAUAAAUAACCUCGCGCAUUUUUAAAAAAUAUUUUUUUUUAAUUAAUGAAAAACCGUAUUUUUUAUCACUGCAAUCGUAACCCGGAAUAGGUUGAUGAAAACCGUACUAAUUACGGGAAAACCGGAGUAGUUGGCAGGUAUGUUGUCAGCAUAAUUUGACUUAAAAAAAUCAGCGUACAAGAUUCAAACACAAACAAAUUCAGCUGCUAAAGUCAGUGUGCAAUGUUUUGCCAAAAAUGAAGUGCUAAAAAUGAAUCGUAAAAAAACUGAGGUGCCAAAGUCAUUACUGUUUGAUACCAAUGUAUCAAAUAUAGUUUUCAACAUGUUCUUACUUCCUGUUCAACCACACAGGCACACAAUAUGAUCUAUUUUAAUGCUUACGCCAAUUUCUGAUACUAGUAUUUUAAAUGCUAAAGGUGUAUGCCAAAAACAAAGACAUUGACUGCAGGUUAACCUUAUUUUCCGUAUUGAAUGUGUACUGAUGGGGUGUUUGUAUUUUGGAAUAGUUGUCUAAAAUAUAUUUGCACAUAUUUGCUCAUUAUGAUGACAAACAUGCUCAUUAUUAUUAAGGCAUUCAUCACACACUGUUGGCUGUAUGGAUUCAGAUUUUUAAAAACAUUGUUUUUUAAGAGAUUGACUGUCAAUUAUGGCUAUACUGUACUAUUGUAUGUACUAUUGUAAUACUACUGUUGUAGGAUACAAAGGACAUAAUACUGGACAUUUUUUAAAACCUGUGACUUUUGUCAAUUAUUAAUGGGAAUCCACUCAGUGCCUAUUUAGCAUUGAUUUAAGGUCAUGUAAGAUUUAUGUUUUAGUCCCAAUAAAAAUAUCAAUACAAAGUGCUUUUAAAAUUUAAAUUGUGUAUUUUUGGACACAGAAGGGGCUAUUGUCUUUGAUUUAAAACUACCAAUUGACAUCAGUGCCUAACUAUUGUGGUUGUGUGCUUAUUCAAAAUAAUACCUAAAAUAGCACCAAUAUUAAAAGACAAUCUUAUUGUUCCUUAUUAUCCACUACACUCGUUUCAUCUUGUCUAGUAGUGGAAACACCACUCAAACACAAGCAGAAAUAGACAUAUAUACUACACAUUGACAGAGUAUCCAUCUUUAAAGACUUAAGAUGUAAUAUUUGACAGUAUCAUAGACCUUUAGAUUUUUCCGUUCUCCGUGUUUCUCAAAAGCAAAAAGAAAAAUGUACCUAUUCAUUCCGCCAAAUUUAUUUUUGGCAUCCGUCUUUAAAGAUGGAUAUCCCUCAGGUCUGCGACCCCUGGUAGCCUUGCUAACUUCCUGUUAGCCUGACGAGCAUACAGUGCAUCCGGAAAGUAUUAAAGUGCUUCACUUUGACAUUUUGGUAUAUUACAGCCUCAUUCCAAAAUUGAAUAAAUUCAUUUUUGUCCUCAAAAUUCUA